AUGACAAACGACGAUGAGAAGAAGACGGUGUUGGCGGAUGUCGCGACGGCUAAGUUGUCCGAUGAAGAACAACGCAAAAGAAAAGGAAAAGCCAAGAUCGUGAUCGUCUCCAAGGAAUACGAAGAAGAGAGCGAGAAGAAGAGCGAAGAGAAGAGAUGCUUCGUUCAUGUUCCAAGAAAGAUAAGGCCUACCCUAAGAUUCCCAACACCAGACUUUGAAAAUCCUAAUGGGGCUUCUUCUUCAUCGCCUUGUUCUUCUUUGAACUAUGAAAACUACAUGGCUAUGAUGAGAAGACCACCAAACCCUACUUACCGAUCGUCUCCGUAUUCUUGCUUGACGGAUAGAACAAUCCCUGAGAGAUGUGGGCUGUCACAGAGGUGGGGUAUUCAUCGGGGAUUCAAUAAGAAACCUAGGGUUGCUUUUUCACGGAGAGAGAUGCCGCGGUGGCUUGUUCACGUGAUGAGAGACAUGAACGCACAAGACCCGACACUGAUCUUUCAGAAGCCUCUGUUACCAUCUGAUCUCAACCCACAACAGAGCCGUUUCUUAAUGCCUUUCAACCAAUUCAUCAGAAACGAAUUCUUGACGCCUGCGGAGAAGAGUAUCGUAGAAGAAGAAGACAUGGACAUCGACGACGGUGAGAAGGACGGAGUGGGAGCGAUUCUCUUCGAUCCAAGGUCUGUAAAGUGGGGCGUGGUUUUAAAGAGGUCGGAGAUGAUGACGUCUUCAGGAAAGAAAAGCUGGGGUUACUAUUUGGAUUGUGGUUGGAACGACAUCGUCAUUGCUAAUGAAUUGAAAGUCGAAGACAACAUCGUUGUUUGGUCGUUCAGGAGCCAUGGAGUCCUCUGCUUUGCCCUUGUUCUUGUUCCUCUUCCUCUUUUUCUCUAA